AAAAAAAAAAAAAAAAAAAAAAAAAAACUGGUUCUUCUCUUUCAGCUGGAAGCUCAGAAAUACAUGACUGAUCGUACAUUCAGAAAGCUACCUGAUCAUCUUCUAACAGAAAUUUUUGUUCGAGUCCCUAUUUGUGAGUGGGCUCAGAUAGCAUGUGUCAGUAAGCAGUGGGCUACUAUUUUUCGAGGCGAAUGCUUGUGGCACACUGCUAUUGCCAGGACGUGGCCUUCAGCAAGCCACAAGAAACGCUGGCCUGGGCCAAUACCAAGAGGUUUGGGUAAAAGGAGGUACUUGGCUUUAUAUGUGAGUCAACACAUUAUAGCUUUGGAUGGUGAGGUUGAUGAGCUUUUGGGUCACACUUAUUUGUUUCUGAAGGAGCACCUCGAGCUUUCAACUUUGCCCCCACCUUCUAGCAUACUUCAUGGCACCAUAAUUGAUCAGUUUAUAGCUUGUGGGAAACCCCAAGAAAAGGCCCAUGAGCUUGCUUCACUCAUCUGGUUGGCUGUAAUCAACAAUAUGGAAGAAAAUGAAAACACAUUUUUGGUUCUCAAGCGUCUAGCUCAGGAGGGAGAAUUCUUUCUUCCAUUCCCAUACUCAAGACCAUACCAAGUCCUAUGGAGGGUUUUUGAAAAGCUCUUCACAGAUUUCCGCGACUGCUUCAAGCAUAGGGAUUACUUUGAUAUAUUGGCCUGUGCAAAGUCCAGGUUCCAGCCAAUACCAUCUACUUGGUUGGGUUACUAAGACCAUAUCAUAGAAGACAGAAGCAUUAGCCUUGUCAGUUUGUUUUUAAUGUUAUAUAGUCAUGAUGUAUACGGAUAUGGUUGUGGUCCCUAACAAUAUAGUUAUACUUCCAACAUACAGCAUGUACCUUGCAAGUUUGAAACAAUGUGAUCCUUCAUCUGUCAAUGAUAUAUAGACAUAAAAAUUAACGAGUA